UGAAAGACGAGGGCGAUUCUUUCUUUGAGUUACCACGUUUAUGUAUUGUGCUACCAGGCACAGAUGCACAUUUGAAAAGUUGUGUAUACAGGGGAGUGCCCUGGUCAACCCUCGAUUUUUAAGUAGAUUCCAAUCAGUUCAUUUUUCUAGACUUUACAGCAAAUAGCAUGGAGAAGCGUGUCCAACCGAAGUGGUCCACUCCUGUACAAAACGUUAAGGAUGUGGUUCUACCGAAUCUUUAUUUUUAUAAUAGCCUAACGUCAAAAAAAGAGCGCUUCGUCCCGCUUAGUGGGAAGCAUGUUAAGUGGUACACAUGCGGUCCAACAGUAUAUGACGUAUCCCACUUGGGUCAUGCGAGAACCUAUAUUGUAUUUGAUGUCAUCCGUCGGGUGCUGGCAGAUUAUUUCAACUUUGAGGUCACUUAUGUCCUAAAUAUAACUGAUAUUGACGAUAAGAUUAUUAAGCGUGCAAGACAGAACUACCUGAUUGAUGAAUAUAUGUCAAAAGAUCUUGACUUGGCUGUUGUUAUUGGCGAUAUUUCUAAGGGAAUUCAGAGAAUUAAAUCGAAGUUACUAACUGAAACAGAUCCAGAUAAAAAAGCAUAUCUAAAUAACGAAGUUGACCGUCUGAUAUCUCUUUUGUCUACUGAAUCAUCUGAUAAAGAGGACCCAGUUAUUCAUUUGAUCAGGCAUGCUCGUGAUGCUAUCGCAGAUACUUUAGAUGCGGAGUUUGGUCAUUCUGUGAAUGACCAUAAAAUAUUCGAAGUACUGUCUAAGCAUUUUGAGAAAGAAUAUCUUGCAGAUAUGGCGGCUUUGAAUGUCAUUCCCCCGUCCGUGCUCGUUCGAGUCACGGAGUAUAUUGGUCCGAUUAUAAAAUACGUUGAAAAAAUUAUCGAAAAUGGUUACGCUUAUGUCGCCAAAUCUGGUUCUGUGUAUUUCGACACGAACCGGUUCGCAAGCUCUCCUGAGCAUUUUUAUGCCAAGCUUGUACCAACUGCUUUUGGUGACUCUGAUCAGCUUGCAUCUGGAGAAGGUGAACUAAGCAUAACAGGUGAAAAAAAGUCGCCAACUGAUUUUGCGCUUUGGAAGGCUUCAAAACCCGGUGAACCAGCUUGGCCAAGUCCUUGGGGAAAAGGAAGACCUGGUUGGCACAUAGAAUGUUCAGUCAUGGCUAGUGAUAUUUUAGGUGAUACUCUCGAUAUACAUAGUGGCGGAGUUGACUUGAAGUUCCCACAUCAUGAUAAUGAACUGGCUCAGUCUGAAGCAUAUUUUGGUCAUUCACAUUGGGUUAACUAUUUUCUACAUUCUGGUCAUUUAACAAUUUCUGGCUGUAAAAUGUCAAAAUCACUGAAAAAUUUCAUUACAAUUCGUGAUGCACUUAAAACUCACACAGCUCGGCAAAUCCGGCUAAUAUUUCUUCUGCAUUCAUGGCGUGAUACAAUGGACUAUAGCGAUGACACUUUAGCUGAAGCUAUCGCAUACGAAAAACAGUUAGUUGACUUCCUAUACACCUGCUCAAAUCUACAAUUUGCAGCAAAACAGUCUAUGCUGACGAAUAAAUUUACUUUUGCAGAAAGUAAAGAUGAUAAGCUCAGACAAAUCUUGACAGAUAUUCAGCAGAAGGUGUAUGAUGCGUUAUGUGAUUCCUGUGAUACUCGUACUGUACUGGAUUUAUUGAGGAAUUUAAUGUCUGAAGCUGAUUCGAUAAUACUUAGCCAACUGGAACCAAAUAAGUGUAUAUCUAAACUAGCAGAUGAUACUUUCGCAACCAGUCGUUUUAUUCUUCAAAUACUACGUAUUUUGGGGAUUGCUGAUGUAACUGCUGCAUCGACGGGUUCUCCUGUCCCACCCGAAGGAAUCAUAGCCGGUGGUAAGGUAUUGGAAGACUAUACACAUGUUUCAUUAACGGAAACUAUUGGAAGUGAAUUUGGUUCACAAAGUUGGCUAUCUCUCAAUGCUUUAGAUAUAGAAAGUCUCAUGUUUACCGUUCACAAAUCGUUGAAAGCUAGCUCCACAUUUAUUAAUGCUGUUAUUCGUGAAGGUGAUGGAUUCAAGGAAACUGUAAAUCAGUAUACAACUGAAUUAAAAACAAAGUACGGUAUUCAACUUUUUGAUUCUGAGCUCGAUGAAAGAAAGACUUUGGAAUGCAUUUUAACAACUACCACUCGAAAAAGCCUUUCUGAGUUAACCACUGUACCGCAUGGAUUAGAAGUAAAUGUAUGGCCAGUUGUUCUUAACUUUCUUCAUACACUUGCUUCUGUACGCAAUACAGUUAAAGGAUUACUCUCCUCAGGUUGUAUUACAGAUUCUGCGUGCAAAAAGCGGUUGUAUGAAGCAAGUGAUCGAUUUCGCGAUGUUGAUUUUGUUGAUGCUGGUAUUCGACUUCAAGAUCGUGCUACUGCAUCUGAUCUUAGCAAAGGUAUAAAUGUGCCACCGUUCAUUGGUUUAGUGGAUAAAAGUAUUUUGCUAAGUGAACGUUUUGAAAAUAAAACCAAGCGAAAUGAAACAAAAUCCACUAAAGCUGUUGCAAAAAAUGAAGUUACAUGCAUACCCCCAUGGGAAAUGUUCCUGUCGGAGGUAGAUAAGUACUCUAAAUUCGAUUCGAAGGGUUUGCCGACACAUGACGCCUCUGGAAACGAACUAUCAAAAAGUGCUGUAAAAAAAUUGCAAAAAUUAUAUACUGCACAAGAAAAGCGUUACAAUACAUAUUUAAAUAAUAAGAAAUAAUCGUGUGAAAUUCCAGCAUCACAAUUGUAAUAUAUGUGUUCUGUUUGUUUUACUCCAUGAGGUAUUAGAUAAUUCCUCACUUUAUUGUCCAACUGGAUGGAUGAAUUGUAUUCACAUGAAUAUUUUGGUUAUAUAUAGACUCAAAUGCUUUAUAAUUUCUGAUUUCCUCUUAGUACUUCGUCACCACAAUUCAGGGAAUUUGUAAACUAUAUUACGUGUAGUUAUUUUAUUUUCAAGUAUAAUUGUAAAUUAUACAAGAAUUCAACAUAUGGAGUUUUUCUUAAUAUUACAAGGAAACGUAUUACGGUAUCGUCUUCUCACAUCAAAUAUAUGAGUUUGGAAUAAAGUUCCAAUCCCUUACUGAAAGCUAAAAUUGUACGACUAAAAAAGAUGAAAUUUAAGGUUUGCUUGUUUCAUUAUUUUACUCUAAAAGGGAUUUUAAUUUAGGGAUAAUAAUGAAUCCUAGUGGAUAAUGCAUUGCUGUUUGUGAAAGAGUAUCUUUGGUUUCCUAUCUCAGUAAGAAUAUCAUCACUCACUGGGAAUGCAAGUUCAUUCAACCUGACUAGUUCCAAAAGGGAUAAUAACGUGCACCAUGGAUUCCAUUAGUAACCGAGGUACUCUUAUUUCAAAGCAGCGAUACGUGUCGAAUGUUGUGUAUAUACACUUAUAAUGUUUUUAUAUCUUCUUUCAAAUGAGUAUUUCAAAACCAGUUUUUCAGAUUAAUCAAGAAACACCCACACUGUCAUAGUUAUUACUCUUUUUACUUGCUUUAAUUGAUAUUUUCUAAACUUCAGUUAGAAUACUGUCAUGAUAUUGUAUCUUUAAAUUUUUACAUGGGUUUAAUGUUCAGUCGAUCUGAGCAGUUCACCUUCAGCUAUAGGAAUUAGUGUUGGAAAUCUAAUCUGAAAAGCGUAGUGGUGGUGUAACUUGUUGGCCUUCACGUUUAAUUUGUUUCCCAUUCAAAUUCUACCCUGUAUAGUCAGAUGCCAUUAUGAGCUUUUACUCAUCAGCUGUAUUUCAUCGCCUCUUAAGCACACUAUGUCCUCUAUCACCACUUCACAUUAUUAUUAUGACUAUUAUUACUGUUUUAGUUAUCGACCUAUUGGAGAGUAGGUCGCGCAUAUCGACUGAACUGGACUGAAUUUUUAACGUGGAACUUUUUAUAUCAAAGUACAUCAGUUCAAGCUGACACUCUUAAUAUAUAUAUAUAUACUUGACUAGACUAUAAUAAUGUAUGUGAAAUUUAUAUAAAUACGUGUUGAUUUCCGUAAUAAAACGAUC